GAAGGUCGCGGCGCGUUGCGGCGCAUUCCAACUUGUAUCCUCGUCGUUCUGUACGGGUUUUUCACGCGAGCAAGUGUUUUGAGAGUAUCGUGGAGUCCCAACAGUGAAGUGAAGUGUCGGGCGUUCGUGCCAACAUCCGUCGUCAGUCGAAUACGAUGUAUUUUGCGAUGCAUGUAUGACACGAAGUCGUGUCGCGUUCAAUCGUGUUUCGCAUCUUCUCCGUUGUCGCGUAUCCCUGAGUACUAGAAGUAUUUUAAUAGUGUCGAAAACAAAGGGUGACGCGUACAAGUGUGAAUCAAUAAGACGCAUCGUCGUGAGGAGGAUCUUUUGGGUCUCGAAUGUUCGGAGCUGCGGUCGAGACUCGAUGCAGCUGGAUGAAGCUGGACGAAGCGACGAGCGGCAAACGUAUAUGCUCCAAUCUUAAUCGAGAAAAGAGGCUAAACGGAGGAAAAACGAGAUCGAAGAAAUGGAGAAAAUGCGGAUGGUACGAAGGAAAAAGUGGCUGGCGCAGAGGAAGUUUGGCGAACGGGAGCGAGGGCGAAGGUAGAAUAAGAGCAUACCGAAAGGACAUUGGAUUUGCACUUCCCCAGCUCCACUUCGCGUCCGUGGGUUUCCCAAGUAAUCACCGUAGCUUCGUGGCUGAUUAACUCCGUUCGUUGCGCAUCGGAUCGGUGAGUCAGAAAUCAAUUUUCGUAUUACUUUUUAAUGUUUCGUAAAUGUCCUGCGCAGGAUCAAAGAAAAAUUAUUAAUAUCUCAAUACACGUACGUACUCGUAGUUAGAAUACCCAAUCUCUUCGAUGACAGUCGCUCACAAAGUUAGCGCAGCGAGAAAGUCAAUCGGCAUCGCGGAAAAGCGACAACCAUAACUUGGAGAAAUCGAGUAUCGAUGCAAUGCACUUUUUCAGAUAGGAUUGCGACAAGUGUUAUAGUCAUCGUUCGCAAUUUUUACACUGAUUAAAAUGAAUGUAGAAUUUGCUCAUUCCUUUGUUAACAAUUUAUUCGCUUGCUUCAACUUUAUACAUGCCACUUUUGGGACAGCGAAUCGUAUAUUUUUAAGCAAAGAUCAAAAUCCCGAUAUCACGAUUAUCUCUACUACAAUCGCGAUUGGUUUCCACAUGGAAAAAACAAUUUUUACGAUGGAAACUUUCGCUAAAAAAGUUCACCAGAUUGAACGACUAUGAGUUUGAACGGAUUUGACGCUUUUUUCUCGCGAACCAUUUGGACCGAGGUCGGGUCCCUUAGACGGAAGGAUAUCAUCGAUAAAAGCAAGUUUUCGCUGGCAUCGCUUCUCGUCCGAAUGGAAUAUAAACGGAGCCGGUUUUCCCCUACAUCCCUGUUUGCGUUCGCGUAACGUGAUCGAAGAGGCGGCCAAGCAACUUCCGCAAGCUCUCUCCACGACGACCGUCGUGCAACUUUACCCGUUCGAAUCUGCCAUUCGCACUGCUUACUUUUUUACUGACCAUCAGGACCAGUGGUCUAUGCACGAACCUUCUCCCUCUUUUUACGUUUCUCCCCCUUUUUUUUAAGGUCAGAUUGGCCAAUGCCAUUCGUCAUAUGAAAGACUCAGUUUUAUAGGACACUCCGCUCACAACAUAAUCGUUUUGUUUUCAUCAUUGUAUUUUAAGUGCAAAAAUUUGUUCUUUGUAAAGUAUUUAAGACGUUGGAAUAGAGUGAUAAUUGAUAGCGUAAUAAUGAAAUGUAGAGCCAGCAAUGGGUUUGGAUAGGUUAAUUAAUCUGCUCAAUUCGCAACAUCACUAGCAUUCAUAAUUAGACGUCAAUACUACUAUUAUCGGUCGGCGAUGAUAUGGUUUCGCGCGUAUUAUCGCAGAUUCUAUCGAUCCCUCUUUCACGAGAGUUCCGUGGAUCCCGUAAUCACGAGCAUUUCCGCGAUACAUGUACCACCAUCUCGUCGAAAAGCUCGAAAUUAGUUUUACCGUCGCAAUUACCGUCGCCGAGCGGCGGAAUUUGAUUACACGCAAACAUCGAUUCGGGGCGGUUGAAACGAGCGAUUGCGAUUUUAUUAUCGUGUACAUCGUGGUCGUAGCCGGCGGUCUGCGCGGCAUAAAUCGAAAAAGCCGUUCUUGUCGCGUUUCUAUUACCAGCGUUGUAGUCGACGCGAUGGUGCGAGGUCGAAAGGAG